AUGUAAUUGGUAUUCAAAAAAUUUCUAAAGUCCAUCAAUGAUAGAUUAGUUCUCCUUAAGAUCUAUGUGUAGAACAGCCCUUCAAUAAGAGUAAAGGAGUAUGAUCCUGAUCUGGAAUCAGAUGCAACCAAAAGAAAAGUUUCAGAUGAUAUUGUGAUCGACAUAUAAAAUCAAAACGUUUUAAAUGACAAAUUAGUGAGAAAAAAUGUUCUUCUUUCCUGUCUGUUCCAAAUCAUGAUGAUAAAUACUCUUUUCCUUAAUAUUGAAAAUAUUCUACCUACUUGGAUUCCGGACCAUUUUCCUGAAUACCAUGCAAUGCAAAUAUCCUUUAUUUUGAUGCAAGUAUCUCAAUUAGGAGCAACCUCUUUUAUAAAGAAUGAAAAAUACUACCUCUACAUUAGCAUUUUUCUCAGAUUUAUUCAAGGUAUUGGAAGUGCAUAAGUUAAUACAUCUUGCUUCGCAAUCAUUACUUUUGUAUUCUAGGAUGAUAGAGAAAAAUACAUUGGUAUGGCUGAAUCAGCUUCAGGCUUUGGCCUGAUGGUUGGUCCUAUCGUUGGUGGCUUAUUGUACAACUCAUUUGGUUAUUUCUCAACAUUUUUCAUUUUCGGAAUAAUUCUAGCUGCCAACUUAAUGAUUGCCUAUUUAUUCUGCCCUGACUAUUUGAACAAGAGUAUUGAUGAAACAGACUAGACUAUGAAUCCAAAAGGAUGUAAAGAAGUCAGCUUUAAAAUGUUCUUGGUCAACAGAAGAGCUAACUUUGCUUUUAUUGGUUGCAUAUUUGUGUGUAUCUCAAUGAGCUACAAUUCUGCUUUCUUGACUGAUGUUUUGAGGACUGAAAAAAAUAUUGAUCCUUACUAUCAUGGGUUUGUAUUGUCCUUCCCUAUGCUCACAUAUACAGUCAGCACUAUCUAUGUCUGCAAAAUCCUUAAGUAUUUCCCAAGAAGAAUAUUCAUCAUGAUCUCUCUCAUAAUUUUGGCAACGGCAACAUUUUUUUAAGGGCCUUCUCAGAUCCUUAAUAUUCCAGAAUCAAAUACUCUUAUGAUUUUAGGGUUUGGUCUUUGUGGAAUCGGCUAAGCAUUCGUGUUCAUUCCAUUAUUGCCUGAAGCUAUCGAAUCAGUAUACAUCUAGGAAGACAUUGUAGAAGGAGAAAAUGAAUUUUAAGAUUAGAUCCUAAACGAUCUGGCUUCAGCUCUCUACUCAACUUAUUAUUCGAUUGGGAUGAUACUUGCACCAACUAUUGGAGGCUAUAUAUAUGAAAGUAUCGGUUACAGAAAUACCUGUGAUUUCGUUGGAAUCAUUACAAUAAUCUUUACAGUAAUGUUUUUUACCUUCAAUGUAGGGUUUAAAAUCAUUAAGCAAGAAAAACUUAUAGCUUAGAGAUAAGCCAAUUUAAAAGCUAAAUACCAAGAGAGAUUAUCUAAUCUGACUAGUUAGGAUGAAAUUGUGAGAAUAAAUAAUCUUAUUGAUGACAAAUCAGCAUUCAAAAGAAAUCUAUCAAUUGAAAAGGAAGAUCUAUUUUGUUCACCAGUAAAACUAGGAUUAAUCUCAUAUCAAUAGGAUUAAACUGCUGAAUACAUAAUGGAAGAUGAGAUAGAUUUGUGA